AUGAUAAAUGAUUCUAAAAAUAAUCCAGGAUUACCAGAUCUAUACCAGAUCUUUAAAAACCCAGACCCACAAGUUAUCCGGUUGAAAGCUAGGAGGGUUCCCUUUGCCCUAAAGCCCAAGAUCGACCAGGAGUUGGAGAAGCUAGUAAGCCAGGGGAUACUAGUGCCCGUUGACCAUGCGAAAUGGGAGACACCCAUAGUCACCCCAGUCAAACCGGACGGAUCGGUCCGGAUUUGCGCUGACUACAAGGCAACGCUUAACAAAGCAUUGCAGAAGAGUGCAUACCCUGUCCCAGUAGUGCAACACUUGCUGCACUCGUUAGGACAAGGGCAGGUUUUCGCCAAGCUAGAUUUGGCCCAAGCCUAUCAGCAGUUACCCGUAGAUAGCAGCACAGCCGAAGCGCAAACAAUCGUCACGCACCGGGGUGCUUUUAAAUGCACCCGGCUACAGUUUGGGGUUAGCGUGGCUCCUGGGUUAUUCCAGAACCUAAUGGAGCGGCUAUUGCAGGGACUACCCGGGGUGGUGCCCUACUUCGACGAUGUCUUGGUAUCCGCUUUCCUGGGCUACUGGAUAGACAGGGAAGGGAUCCACCCCACUGAGAGCAAGGUACGGGCCAUCAGGAAGGCCCCCGCUCCCCAAAACAAAACGGAGUUACAGGCAUUCUUGGGCCUGGUAAACUUCUAUGCGGUAUUCUUAAAGAACAAGGCAACAAUAGCCGAACCGCUACACAAAUUACUAGCGAAGACAGCUGUGUGGUCAUGGGGGAAGGCGGAAGCUAAGGCAUUCGAAGGAGUAAAAAACCUUCUAUCCAGUGAUAGCCUCCUCAUUCAAUACAAUGGCACGUUGCCAUUAGUGCUAGUUUGUGAUGCAUCUCCCUACGGGGUGGGGGCUGUGCUCAGCCACAGAUUGCCAAAUGGGACAGAAGCCCCUAUAGCGUAUUACUCCCGAACAAUGUCCUCGGCCGAGAGGAAUUAUAGUCAGCUAGAUAGGGAAGCAUUGGCUAUAGUCUCCGGGGUAAAGAAAUUUCACGAAUAUGUAUUCGGUCAUGACUUCGAGAUAGUCACGGACCAUAGACCCCUUCUAGGCCUAUUGGCAGGCGACCGCCCAACGCCCGUGGCUCUCUCACCCAGACUGACCCGAUGGACUAUCUUCCUAGCGGCCUACUCUUACAAAUUGCUUCACCGGCCGGGGAAGGAGUUAGGGCAUGCGGACGCCCUGAGCAGAUGCCCGUUACCGGAGACCAUCGAAGACCCUACCCCGGGGACACCCAUCCUGCUAAUUGAUUCUUUGGACUCGGGUCCGGUCACAUCCAAGGAAGUGGCCAGGGCAUCUUACAAGGACAUUACAAUAAGGACUGUAAUUGGUUGGGUACAAAGGGGAUGGCCCGCUGCGCCGGGUGAGCGUUUCAAGGAAUUUGUAAAGAAACGAGAGGAGCUAUCGGUUCAAGGGGGGUGUCUGUUAUGGGGGGAUAGGGUGGUGAUCCCGGAGAAAUUACGGAAAAACGUAUUAGAACUUCUGCAUGAAGGCCACCCGGGAAUCAUGAGAAUGAAGGGUUUAGCGAGGAGUUAUGUGUGGUGGCCAUUGAUGGACAAGGAAAUUAGCGACAGGGUAGGGAAAUGCCAAGCCUGCCAGGAGUCUAGGCCACUACCCCCUACGGCCCCAAUCCGAGAAUGGGAGAAACCCCAGGGCCCAUGGUCUAGGAUUCACAUCGAUUUUGCCGGCCCGUUCCACGGGCAAACCUUUCUAGUGGUAGUAGAUGCCUACUCCAAAUGGCUAGAAAUCAUUCUCAUGAGAUCCACGACGGCCGAGUCCGUGAUCUCAGUCCUGAGACACCUUUUUGUAACCCAUGGGUUGCCCGACACCCUAGUUUCCGACAACGGCCCGCAAUUCACGGCAACCCAGUUUGAGGGGUACUUGGCGGAGGAGGGCAUCAGACAUGUCCUCUCGGCGCCUUUCCACCUGGCGACGAACGGACUUGCAGAACGUUUCGUUCGGAGCGCGAAAGAAGCAUUAUCC